AUGGAAAAUCUUAAGGGAUGUCUACAAACUCAGGCGACAGUUCAAGGUAGCGAUGUGUGGUAUUGGAAAAACGAGCAGCAGGAAUUUAGCGUAAAGGAUGUGAAGACAACAUUAGGUCAGCAGUUAGAUUUAAAUUCUGCAGCUUAUGUAUUUAGCUGGAACAAUUGGGUAACCGGAAAAUGCACAAUGUUUGUGUGGCGUGCGAUUGAAGAAAAGAUUGCGUCUGCUGUGGCUCUAAGAAACAGGGGAAUAAACUCGCUGGACACAGUUUGUAAAACUUGCGGUGCGGCCGAGGAAUCUGCAGCUCAUAUAUUACUCAGGUGUAAUUUCGCUGAAAGAACUUGGGAAUUGGUGACGAAUUGGCUGAAAAUACCGAUGGUAAACGUAGAAGGAAGCUUGACUGAUCUACUGGUGGAGACGAGUGAAGUUCAACGAAGCAAAGGCGUGCGGAAAGCGAUUUAUGCAGUAAUAAUUCAAACUAUAUGGAUUUUGUGGAAAACUAGAAACGAAAAGGUCUUCAAAGGUAGACAAGGUAAAGUUCAGACGGUCAUAGAAGAAAUAAAGGAGGCAUCUUAUCUAGGCGUGAAGCUAAGGUCAAAACACGGCUCACUAACAAGACAGGAAUGGUGGGAUUUUAAUUUGAUGGCUGGGUUUGUUUUGGAUGUUAUGACUGUGUUUUUUAAUGAAAGUUUUAGUUGCCAUUAA